CUAUCUCCUCUCCAAAAUCCACUUUACCUUAUCAACAUGGUUCCCAAACCCAUCAUCAUAAUAGCAUGUAAACAACCACCCACAACUUAUAUCCCUCAAUUUAACACAGCAUCCGUCAGAACCAAAGAAAAACCUCAAACAUCACAACCUAAGACACUAAGAACCACCCCUACAAAAACUCUUCUUGCUCUUCUCACCACCACCACCCAAAAACUCAAAAACACAAACAAAACACUACAAACAUCAUCAAUCUCAGCACUAAUACUCAACACACUCGAUGACAUCAUCAACACCUUCAUAGACCCACCAAUAAAACCAUCCGUAGAUCCAAGACAUGUUUUGUCCCAAAACUUUGCACCAGUCCUUGACGAACUCCCUCCAACACAAUGCAAAGUCAUUAAAGGCACACUUCCACCGUCACUUAACGGUGUUUACAUAAGAAACGGACCAAACCCUCAGUUCCUUCCACGUGGACCUUACCAUCUCUUUGACGGUGACGGCAUGCUUCAUGCUGUUAAAAUCACAAACGGAAAAGCCACACUAUGUAGCCGUUACGUUCAAACCUAUAAAUACAAAAUCGAAAACGAAGCUGGUUACCAAAUUCUCCCAAACGUGUUUUCUGGUUUCAACUCGCUUAUUGGUUUAGCGGCACGUGGAUCCGUGGCUGUAGCACGUGUGUUAACUGGUCAGUAUAAUCCAAUUAACGGCAUUGGAUUGAUCAACACAAGUUUGGCUCUGUUUGGCAACCGUCUUUUUGCUUUAGGAGAAUCAGAUCUUCCUUAUGAAAUCAAAGUUACACCAAACGGUGAUAUCCAAACAAUAGGCCGUUAUGAUUUUAACGGCAAACUCUUCAUGAAUAUGACGGCGCAUCCUAAAAUUGACUCCGACACAGGUGAAUGUUUCGCUUACCGCUACGGUCUCAUUCGACCUUUUUUAACCUAUUUCCGUUUUGAUUCAAAUGGAGUUAAACACAAUGACGUUCCAGUUUUCUCCAUGAAAAGACCUUCUUUUCUUCAUGAUUUCGCAAUUACAAAAAAAUACGCUUUGUUCGCUGAUAUACAGCUUGAAAUUAAUCCUCUUGACAUGAUUUUCGGUGGUUCCCCGGUAAGGUCCGAUCCAUCGAAAGUUCCAAGGAUCGGAAUUCUACCUCGUUAUGCUGAUAACGAGUCGAAGAUGAAGUGGUUUGAUGUUCCUGGGCUUAAUAUUAUGCAUUUGAUAAACGCAUGGGAUGAGGAAGAUGGGAAAACAGUGACAAUAGUUGCACCGAAUAUUCUCUGCGUGGAGCAUAUGAUGGAGAGAUUGGAGCUUAUUCAUGAAAUGAUUGAGAAAGUGAGAAUUAACGUCGAAACGGGGAUAGUAACAAGACAACCGUUAUCAGCAAGAAAUCUUGAUUUGGCAGUGAUAAACAAUGAGUUUUUGGGGAAGAAACACAGGUUUAUUUACGCGGCGAUUGGGAAUCCAAUGCCGAAGUUUUCGGGGGUGGUGAAGAUAGAUGUGUUGAAAGGGGAGGAAGUUGGGUGUAGGUUGUAUGGAGAGGAUUGUUAUGGUGGUGAGCCGUUUUUCGUGGCUAGGGAAGAUGGUGAGGAAGAGGAUGAUGGUUAUUUAGUGAGUUAUGUGCAUGAUGAGAAGAAGGGAGAGUCAAGGUUUUUGGUGAUGGAUGCUAAGUCUCCGGAGUUUGAGAUUGUGGCGGAAGUGAAGUUGCCAAGGAGGGUGCCUUAUGGUUUUCAUGGAUUGUUUGUGAAAGAGAGUGACAUCACGAGGUUGUCGGUCUCCUAGGAUGAAGCAUAGUUUGUCUUGUUCUAAGACAUACCAUUAUUGUCGUUUAUACAGUAAAGGUGAACAAUCAUUGCCACAAAUGGGUUUGAACAAAUAAUUUGUUGUUAGGCCGGUUAAUGCUACAUUACUUAUAGUAAGGAAUGGAAGGUAGAGAAUUUGUAUAUUUAACUGUUUGGUUUAUUAU